AUGGCUUAUCACUUCCACGCUCCACUCUUGGUCAAUAUACUAUCAGCAAUGGAUUCCCCGGCUGCUAUCCGACGCAGGAGACGUCGUCGCGUAGCGGAGGAGAACCGCAAGAGGUCCUUCAGAGCACCGAAAUCGCCUCCGCUUCGGGGAGACGGCUCGACAGGUUUGAAUGAAGAUGCAACAUUAGCCACACCAACGAACACUGGGAAGACCACCGCGCAGGGCGCCUCGUAUACUCAUAGGUCACUACCCACAGCGCCAGUUUUGUCUCCACGACUUGCUAGUAAUGUUCUUGCCGGAGAGGCUGUUGGGGGCUCAUGGCCCAAAGUACUCUCCCGGCUCCGAGAGGCGUUCUGCUUGGACCCGCAAGGAGGCCUGGAAGAACAACGCAUGGCUGUAGGUCAGGCUCAGAUGAGCCAUCCUACAGCGCUCCAUCAUGCGGAGCUGGAUCGUCUAGAAUCGGCUGUGCAUGCCUUCCCUCCGUACCCAAUUGCCUCCUUUCUGCUGUCAGUCCUCAUUAAACAUGCUACCGACACAUUCUUUUAUGUUGAUCAGGCCGAAUUCGCGUCGGAAAUCCAUCAAUUCUAUACUGACCCGACCUCGCCGUUGCGGUCAGACUCUAGUUUUGUCUGUCUCGCGAUGGCAGCCUUCGCGCUGGCAAGCCAAUGGACGACAUUAGAGAAGCCCGAGGGGCACCAGACAAGUGUCGGUCUGGAAAGGAGUGAUCUGGGUAGAGUAUUCUUCGAUCAUGCUCGAACAUUGAUACCCGACAUUAUCGAGCGACCGUGCCUACGGUCUGUCCAAGCACCCUUUGUCUUGGGGGUAUACCUGAUGCCUGCGAGUGCAAUUGGGUCAUCAUACGUCUACCUUGGGUUGGCUUUACGGAAAGCAUUGGCACUGGAUCUCCAUCAAGAUGUAGACGACCAAAAAAUGAAUGAACGCGAAAUUGAGGUCCGCCGUCGUCUAUGGUGGUCACUUUACUCACUGGAGCGAUGUACUACAGUCAAAUUAAACCGACCGCGCUCUAUCAGCACCGCCGCUAUCACGACGCCUAUCCCAUCAUUACUUCCAGCGCUAGAUCACUCCCAGAAAUUCGAUAACCUCAGUUUUCAGCUCGCUUAUAUGCGGCUGGUCAAAAUCCUAGACCAUGUUUCCGAUCCUGAGCUGGGUAGCACCGGCGACGAACAUGCCCUCCAAGCAAGAUAUGAAUCGGACCUCAAAGAAUGGAAAAGGUCCCUACCUCCAGAGUUCAAGCUUCAGGACACGGACCCCCAAGACUCGAGAUAUCGCGCUGUAUUCCACCUCUACCUUCAUUACUACUAUGCAUGGAUCACCAUAGGAAAAGCAUCUCUCGUAUCAGUUGUUCGAGCAAAACUUCGCUCCUGUGCCACCGGGUCCCAGGCUCCCCAGAUCAGCAAUGUGACCAGAAACCUAUCGAGGUCCUGUGCCAAGGCAGCCCGAAAACUUCUUGGACUAUUCGAAACAAUGAGUAUGUCACAUAAGAUCACCCGAUUCUCCUUUACCGACUUUCAAGGCUGCAGCAUCGCAACAAUCGUCACCUUACUUGAUGGGAUCACCCAACGUGAUUCAGGGUACGAGGCACGGGUGGCGUUUGGUCUGGAGCAUCUCCGACAGAUGGCCAUCGGGAACGCGACGGCCAAAAUGGGCGUCCGGUUUGUUGAAGCAAUUCAGUUGAUUACCAACGAAGCACGGGAGAAAGUUAGCCGGUCAGCAUGUGCAGCUGAGAGAACAUCCCAGGGUAACAGUCGCGUAUCUUCGACAUCUGAAUAUUCCCAAUGGGCCUUAUGGCUCAUGCAACAGGAACAGGCCCAAGGAUUCAGUGAAAGGACGUCUUCGUUAUCUGUGGUGCCUGAAUCUAUGACACCACUCUCGCCAGUCGGGCAGUGGCCAUCGACACACCAUGCCACAGGUCUGAGGCUGACAUGGCCUGCUCCAGAGCGGCAGAUGUUCUCUCCAACCUUAUUUUCGAUACAGAAUCUCACGCAGGAGUCAGACACAUAUCCAGAGGCACAGGGUGCUGACUAUGAACUCCUUCCUACGCUUCAACAUGACGAGCAAGCAUUUUUGAUGGAGCUAACAGGCCUUGGAGUUCUGGAUGUUUCUGGAUUGUCGAACCCGCUUGAAUGA